AGUUGAUUUUUAGCAAGCGACGAACGCGCAACAAAACUUUCUGCCAAAACAAAACGGAAAUUGUGAAAUACUCAAUAAAAGCUUAAGAAAUUUAUUUUCGAAACAAUUUGCUGACAUGUGUGCGCCUAAAGGAAACCAAAAACAUCUACAACAACAACAACAAUUGCUGCUCCGAACCGCAGUGCUUAGCAUAGAGAACUAAUACAAAGAUAAAUCAAACAAAUCCAUUAUUAAAAGCAAAAGCGAAUUCAAAGCUAAAGUGUUGCAAGAGGAGUAUUAAGAGGAAAGCAGAGCAAAAUAACACAUAAUGCCGCAGCUUUGGGCACUCUGUCUGCUGCUGGCCAGUGUCAAGGCGCUGCCCACAGCACAGCUUAAUCAAAGCUGCCGCCUGACAGCGGCCGAGACAGCGACGGAGCCACCCUGCAGCGCAGAUCUCAAUUUGAGGCACAUUCAAUUGCUGAAGCGGUAUAUGCGACCAGAGCUGGAUGCCUGCCAGGACUUUUAUGCGUAUGCCUGCGGCAAUUGGGGAUCGGUACACAAGACGGGCGAAUCGGCCAUGUCGCUGAGCGGCGGGCGGAUCGAUCAGCGCUAUGUGGCACUGUUUGAGCGCCUGUUGCAUGUGCCCCGAGCACCGGAACAUGCGACGCCCUUGUAUACGAAACUGCUGCGCUACUAUCAAAGCUGCCGGCUGUUGGGCAAGCCGCGCUUACGUCGCUACUUGGAACAGUUGCCGCAUAUAGCCGGCAACUACUGGGCCGAUCUGUUAGCGGUGUUGGGGCGCUAUGGCUAUCACGAGCACUAUGUGAAGAUUGAAGUGAGCCAGCAUAAUGCUAGCCAACACAUGAUUGUUGUGAUGCCGCAUAACUAUUAUCUCAGCCUGAAUCUGAGCGGUAGCAUAUACAGCGCCUUGAGGCGUCACACGCACGGCCACUUGCCCAGCCUGAAGCAGUUAACUGAACAAUUUAAGCAACUCGAGGAUACCCUUAAAGAGAUGGCGCAGCCACCAAAAGACAGCAGCGACGAGGAAACGCUAAGCUUGUACACGCUGGAGCAACUGCAACAAGAGCUGCCGGCACUGAACUGGACGCAUGUACUGCAACGACAGCUGGGACACGUAUACCCGGGCAGCUAUCAGCUGCUGGCUGACGAUCUGCCAGCUCUGCGACAAUUGAUCGACUAUCUUAACCGAGCCGAUGCACGUCUGCUGCAGCUGUAUAGCUGGGCACGUUUUCUGCAACAUCUUAAGCAGCUGCCACACAAUCCAUUGAGCAAUCCCCAGCCCAGCUUCAGCUCUAGCUCAGCGGUCGGCUGUGUCCAGCACAUGCGCAAGACACUCUAUCUGGCCAUGAAUUUUGCCUACGAGCGGAACUACUAUGGCAAGCAACGGGAGGCAGAUGAGCAGGUGAUCUUCGGGGUCUUCGAGGAGCUGAAGCAACAGUUCGCCCAGCAGCUGCGACUCAAUGUGCUUGGUUUGAAUGCAACGCUACUGGACGCACUGCUGGACAAGGUGCAGGGCUUGCGCAUCAACGUUGGCAAUCUGCCACGUAAUGUGAGCGAUCAGUUUUAUGUGGAUUGUGUCCAGCACUGGCGAGUGGGCAACGAUUUCUAUGAGAAUCAUUUGAACAGUCUGCUCCACUAUUAUGACCAUCUGGCCGAGUUGGAGCGUACCGACGAUGCGGCCCUGCGAGAGGUGUGGUUUAGCUUCAAUCAUCAUGGACCCGAGCUGCUCGACAAUAUUGAUGCCACGCCCUAUUUUUAUUGCCUGGGCAGCAUCAUAAUUAUGCCAUAUGCCUACAUGCAGCUGCCACUAUAUAAUUCACAAUUUUGGCCAGCUCUGCUCUAUGGCGACUUGGCCAAUACUUUGGGCCAUGAGAUGCUGCACUCGAUAGACACCUAUUUUGUGGACUACGAUGCUCAGGGUGAAAUGCGCGACUACAGUGAUCAGUUGGUACAGAACAAGAACUACUUGAAGGCGGUUAACUGUCUCAACGACAGCGAGCAUGUAAUGUUAAAUGAACGCAUCGCAGACAUCAGCGGCACACGCUUGGCGCUCAACACCUACAUGAAAGACCCGUCGGAGAGACGCAACAAUGGGCGCUUGUACUUCGUGCAAUUUGCGCAAUUCUUUUGCGGCGAGGAGGCGGAUAUCUAUCAUGAUACGGGCAGCAAACGUUUGAACUAUGCUCUAGCCCAGAUGCCCGAAUUCGCUGAGGUAUUCGAGUGCGCGCAGGGCACGCCCAUGAAUCCUGUAAGCCGCUGCAGUUUCUGGUAGCGCACAGAUCGCUAUGUAGUAUAAGCACUUGGUUCUGUAUAGUCUCGUAGCUGGUGUAUAGCUUUAACUAGUUAAGCCAUCAAGUAUUGUAAAUAAAAGUAUGCUUAAGUAA